CCUCCCAAAACCGAUUUCGAUUCUUUCACACAUUGCUCGUUGCUCAAAAACCCUUCUUCUUGUUCUUCUUCUUCUUCAUUCUUCACACUUCAUUUCGUUCCCAUUUUGAAAACCCUAAAAAAUUCCCAAUUCGUCUUCCAUCGUGAUCAGCACCAUUUUUCGAUGUUCGGCAAACGCAGCAGUCAGUUAUCUCAUCAAGAAACAAUGUGUGAAUCGUUGCUUAAAGAACUUCAGGUAAUAUGGGAUGAACUCGGAGAAUCAGAUUCUCAUAAGGAUGCAAUGUUGCUCGAAAUAGAACAAAUGUGUCUGGAUUUGUAUAAGAAAAAAGUGGAUGAAGCUAAACUGCAUAAGGCACAACUUCAGCAUCAAAUUGCUGAUUAUGAAGAAGAAAUUGCUGGCAUUUGUGCUGCAAUUGGUGAACAAUCACCACUUUUUGAGCCUAAGUCUUGUGGAAGCCUGAAGAAAGAACGUGAAGCUGUUAUUUCACAACUUGAGGAGAUGCGCAAGUUGAAAAUGGAAAGGAAGAAGCAGUUUGUGGAAAUCUUACAUCAGUUGCAGAAAAUUUCCAGUGAGCUCCAUGGCAGCGCAGGGGUUAAUGCAAACUUAGAUGAGAAGAACUUAUCUUUCGAAAAGCUUGAAGAAUUGAAGAUGCAAUUACUUCAAUUUCAAAAUGAAAAGGCCAGUCGACUGAAACAUGUAUCUGAACUACUGGACUCUCUUAGUUCGUUAUGCUUGGUUCUCGGUCUGGAUGUGAAAGACAAAAUUUGUGAGAUUUGCCCAACUAUGACUUCUACUGCUACAAAAGAUGUUAGUGACCUUACAUUAAAGAGUUUGUCUUCUGAAGUACUGAGUUUGAGAGAGGUUAAAAUGCAGAGAAUGCAGAAGCUUCAAAGUUGUGCAACUUCACUGUUAGAGUUGUGGAAUUUGAUGGAUACCCCACUUGAGGAACAGCAGAAAUUUCACAACAUGACCAGUAAAAUUGCUGCUUUGGAAUAUGAGAUUACUGAGCCUAACAUACUAUCGAUUGACAACAUCGUCUACGUUGAGAGAGAAGUUAAAAGGCUUGAGCAAUUUAAAUCAACCAAAAUGAAAGAACUUGUGCAGAGAAAGAAGAUGGAGUUAGAGGAAAUAUGCAGGAAAACGCAUUUGACUCUACAAACAGUUUUUCCUAGUGGACAUCCAAUAGAGUCAAUUGACUCUGAAUCUGCAAAUCAUGAACACAUGUUAGAACAAAUUGAGGACCAAAUUUCAAAGACAAAAGAAGAAGCUUUCAGCCGGAAAGAAAUCCUUGAAAAGGUUGAGAAGUGGUUGGCUGCUAUUCAAGAAGAAAGCUGGCUGGAGGAGUACAACAGGGAUGAUAAUCGUUAUAAUGCUGGAAGAGGCACACAUCUUGCCUUGAAACGAGCUGAGAAGGCGCGUGUUUUAUUAAACAAAAUUCCUGGAAUGGUAGAGGCAUUAACUUUAAAAGUUGCAGCAUGGGAGGAAGAAAGAGCAGUAGAGUUUUCGUACGAUGGAACUCGACUGCUUUCAAUGGUUGAAGACUACAACACCUUAAGGCAGGAGAAAGAGAAUGAAAGGCAAAAGCAGAAGGAUGAAAAGAGACUAAAGGGACAACUGUUGGCAGAGCAUGAAACACUUUUUGGAUCAAAACCCAGCCCAAGUAAAAGUGGGAUAAAGGCUCCUAGAUGUUCAACAGGAGUUCCAAAUACCAGAAAAUUUUCUGUUGGUGGUGCAAUGCUUCAGGAUCGAAGGCAAUCAACUCUUAUUCAACAAUCUAACAAAAAAGGAAAGGGUACCUCUAAGGUUUAUGAUCAUUCAGCAAAGAAGACACCACAAAGUGCAAAGAGAAUUGGAAUUCAGUCACCAUUAACUAGGAAACCCCUCUCUCCUGUUUCUUCCACAGUCCUAUCUAAAGCCAGCAUAAAAAAUUCUCAAGGGCCUAAGAAAAUACUUAAUGUUGCAACAAAACCAAUCCUGCAAAAAAGUGAAAUGCUAAUAGGAACUCCUCCUUCCAAGCCAUUUAUUGCUGGUGAUGAAGAGAACAUGAACCCAAAUAACAUGGGACCUUCCGUUCCAAGCACUCCUCUGACUGUCCCUAUGUUGACUGUGGCUACACCAGACACUUCUAAGGCUGCUGCAAAGAUUGCUCAAUCAUUUGAGUAUUCAUUUGAGGAGCUGAGAGCUGGUUUUGUUGAACCGAAGACUCAUGCUCAAUGACUCAGUAGUUUGGAGAGGAAGUUUAAUCAACACAAAGACAGCUAGGUUGCUGACAAAAUCACUGUUUUGCAAUAGCAAUAUACUAUCCUUUAUCGACUCUUUGAAGAGUAAGACUGGUUUGGUGCUUCACUAAGCACAUGUUUUUUUUUUUUGUUGAAACUUGUCCAAAGUUAAAGCACAUUCUUAUUACUGUAAUGGGAUUCAGUGUUUUUAUUUAAUCAAAUUAAUACUUCCGACUUAA